CUGUGUUUGGAUAGCAAGGCGUGAUCACGCCCUGGUUCUUUCCCCCGAGACUUGACCUUCAGGGGAGGAGACUAUAAAACCCACAGGCCACCUUUCUCUCCUCAGGCCAGGUGUGGGGAGCUCCCUGAUCCGCAGGGGCGAUGGCGGCGCUGCAGGAGAAGAAGUCAUGCAGCCAGCGGAUGGAGGAGUUUCAGCGCUACUGCUGGAACCCGGACACAGGGCAGAUGCUGGGCCGGACGCUGUCGCGGUGGGUAUGGAUCAGCCUCUACUACGUGGCCUUCUACGUGGUGAUGACCGCAAUCUUUGCUCUGUGCAUUUACACACUCAUGUGCACAAUCGACCCGUACACACCUGACUACCAAGACCAGCUAAAGUCACCAGGGGUGACCUUGAGGCCAGAUGUCUACGGGGACAAGGGCCUGGACAUUUCCUACAAUGUUUCUGACAACAGGACCUGGGUGGACCUCGUGCACACCCUCCACACCUUCCUGGCAGGCUACUCGCCAGAGUCCCAGCAGGACAGCAUCAACUGCACCUUUAAGGAGUACUUCUUCCAGGAAAAGUUCAUGGCCCCCAACCACACCAAGUUCUCCUGCAAGUUCACAGCAGACAUGCUGCAAAAUUGCUCAGGGCUGGUGGACCCCAACUUCGGCUUCGCAGAAGGAAGGCCGUGCUUUGUGAUUAAAAUGAACAGGAUCGUCAAGUUCCUCCCCAGCAACAGCACGGCGCCCAGGGUGGACUGCGCCUUCCUGGACCAGCAAAAGGAUGCCCAGCCCCUGCAGGUGGAGUACUUCCCACCCAACGGCACCUUCAGCCUCCACUACUUCCCUUACUACGGGAGCAAAGCACAGCCCCACUACAGCAACCCUCUGGUUGCUGUAAAACUUCUCAACGUCCCCAGAAACACGGAGGUCCUCAUCGUGUGCAAGAUCCUGGCCGAUCAUGUAACAUUUGACAACCCCCACGAUCCCUACGAGGGGAAGGUGGAGUUCAAGCUCAAAAUCCAGCAGUAGAGAGCAGGGUGCCCGGCCGCCAAGCACUGGAAGCCAGCCCAGAGCCGCAGGCCGUGACCUGUAAGCACUUAGCACUGGAGUUGACGGCUUCUCGCUAAGUCCUCUCUGCUCCUUGACACAGAAUUCGUAGUGAGGAUCAAAACGCUGGGCCAACACGAUGACCCCGAGGCAGUGGUUACCCACUAAUGAGACCCAGAUACUCGCCCCAGGCGAACUUCUCUCUCCUUACUGUGCCUCAGCUUCCCUGACCUCUGCGAUCUCCUGGGACCCGCGUCAGCAAGAAACACGCCUCACGAGGACGGACGAUCGGAAGGCUUGCUUUUAAAGACACAAUUCCUACCCUGUACAAAUAAAGCACAUUAAAGUCACACUUUGCUCUACAUACAACAGUCACGUCUUUCCUGAUAAAGGGAAAAAUAACAAAAAAGUCACUUUUUCUUUAAGAACCCUCUUCUUAAAGUUUCAAUCCCAAGUCAGGGAAAUCAGACUACGCUGGGGAGCCAGAGCUCUGGCUGGUAAGAAGGGGUGGUGAGCGGGUGGCGGGUGGGGCAGAGCAAACCCCAGAGGGAGUCAGGGCGCUGCGGUCACCAAGGGGCACGCCUCCGCCUCUGCCAGCUGCUCUAGAAAAACCUGGAGCAUUGUGGCCAAACAAGCCCCCUGUCCCAGAGGAAUCCCGCCUCCCACCCUAGUAUCGCAUGCGACCUGGUGUCUUACUCCCAUGCAAGCACCCCACACGUUGUCCGGGGGUCCCGCCCACACACAGCAGGCAAAGGGCGCCAGAACUCAGUGGCCCCCUGGCCCUCAGGGCAGUUGAGGGAAGUCAUGACCGGCCAGAGCAGGCAGGUGGCCACAUCCACCCACGGGACUGUGGACUCCCUUGCAAGGCCUGUGGCUUCAAAACACUGGUGGGUUUUCUCAGCUGGUUCAAGUUAAGAUGGUGAACUGUCCUUUCUUCUCUGACGAUCUUAUUCUUUCUGAGACUCAACAGCCCAGAACCUGUCCCAGCUCUGAGGACGCAGGAGGAGGGUGAGGGGUGCUCUGUGCGCGGCCCGGUGACUGUCCUCGCUCAGCGAGAAGAC